AUGAGGUUAAAGCCUGACAAGAAAUCUAAGGGUGUAGUGAAAAAGGUAGUGAAAGAGGCAGAAGAAGAAGAAGAAACACUUGAUCUUGCUCUCUUAACAAAGGUGUUCAAGAAGUUUCUCAAAAGCAAAAACUCCAUGAGGAGUCCCAGUGCUCCCCGAAAAAAAUUUCACAGUAGCAGUAAUGGAAAUAGUGAUUACGGUGGGAAGAAUGGGAAAAGUAGCUUCAAAGGAACUCAUUCAGGAAAAACCAAGUGUUAUGAAUGUGGAGGUUAUGGUCAUAUUUCCACUGACUGUGGAAAUAGAAAACAUGGGAACAGUCAAAAUAAGUCGCUACUAUCAACAUGGAGUGAUGAUGAAACUCAGGAAAGUGAAAAUGUGGCAUUUGUAUCAUCUUUAUUAGCUGACUCUGAGAGUGAUGAGAUAUUCUCAGAUGAUGAAACUACUAUCCGCUGCAAGCAACUCUAUAAGGCAUCAAAAGCCACAUUGAUCAAGAACAUGGAAUUGGAAAGAGAAGUUGAGAAGUUGAAGGCUGAAAAAGGAGAGAUGCAGCACCUGUUAAAGGAAUCUCAGACCUUGUUGGAUCAAGAACGGAAUAGGUUCGCUGAUGAAUUAGCAAAUGUGUCAAAUGACGAAGAAGUGUCAGCAUGGAAAAAUGAGCGUCUGGAACUUAACAAAAAAAUCAAAGUGCUGGAACUUGAGGUAAAAGGGCAACACGCUUUAAACUUAAAUUUGCUAACAGAAAUUGAUUCCUUGCAGGAUGAACUAAAAGUCACACAAGAAAAAUUUACCAAGUUCGACAUCAGUUCAGGAGCUAUAUCCAAACUGUUUGGAUCAGGUAAAGCCCCACAUGACACUUCUGGACUUGGCUACUCUGGUGAAAGUUCUAAAGGUACAAAGUUUGUAAAAGAAACUCGACAAACUGUUGAGAAUAAUGAAUCCAGCACCGAACCUGUCAAAAGGAUCAAGGAGCAUAAAUAUGCUCAACAGGUAAAGGUUGACCAAGGAACUGCUACUGGUCAAAACAGGUAUCUCAAUUCCAAGAAUUUUAUUCCUACCUGUCAUUACUGUGGUAAGAUAGGACAUAUCAGACCUAGAUGUAACGAGAGAAUUAAGGCACAGCCUGUUCAAGGAAGGUGUAGUGUAGAAUCACUACAAAUUGAACUUAGAGAUCAAAAGGAACUUAUCAAUAAGCUGACUGAUUUAUUUUCUACAAGCAACUUAAAAAUUACCAAAGAUAAACCUGUCUGGACUAGGAAAAGCAGUUCUCUUGCUCACACUGAUGCUACUUGUCUUAUCACAUGUGUAAAACCAGGUGAAAAAGUGACACACAUUGAGACCACCUAUCUAGUUGCUCUAACAGCUUUGGAGGACAAACGCAAAGAUUUCUGGUAUGUUGAUAGAUCUGUCACCUUUGGUGAUGGGAGGAAAGCAAGCAUACUAGCACGAGGCACUGUCAAUACACCUGGCAUUCCAAAUCUCAAGAAUGUACUCUAUGUUGAAGGACUGACAACAAAUUUAAUUAGUGUCAGUCACUUGGCUGAUGAUUAUGAAGAUGUGUGGUUCAAUAAACAACGAUGUCUAGUGUUAAAUCACAAAGGGGAAGGCAUCAUGGGCGGUAAGAGAUCCUUUUAUAAUGGUUACCAUAUUAAUGCUAAUGAAUCUUCUUCUGCGCAGUCUUGUCUUUCAGUGCAAUCCACAGAGGAGACAUUUGAAUUAUGGCACAGGAGACUUGGACAUGUGAACUAUCAAGAUCUGCUAAAGUUAGCUUCCAAGCAAUCUGUCAGAGGCUUACCAUCCCUAAAAGGCAAGACAGGUAAGAUGUGUGGAGGCUGUAAAAUUGGGAAGCAGAUCAAGACUCCUCACAAAGUGGUGAACUCAGCUACAACCACAAAAGUUAUGGAACUGCUCCACAUGGAUCUUAUGGGACCAACUCAAACUGAAAGUAUUGGAGUUAAAAUCUAUAUGUUGGUAGUGAUAGAUGAUUUCUCAAGAUUUACAUGGGUAAAUUUUCUAAAAGACAAAGCUGAAACAUUUGAAUCUUUUAAAAGUCUAACCCCAAUCACUCCUCAACAAAAUGGAAUUGUUGAGAGGAAGAAUAGAGUCCUUUUGGAUAUGGCCAGAGUCAUGCUACAUGAUGCAGGUCUUAGCACCAACUUUUGGGCUGAAGCUAUAAGCACUGCUUGCUACACCAUAAAUCGAGUCUUUCUCAGACCGGGCACUGACAAAACAGCAUAUGAACUUUGGAAAGGUAAGAAACCAAAUGUAGGACACUUUCAUGCUUUUGGAAGUAUCUGCUACAUUUUAAGGGAUCGAGAACAUCUUGGGAAAUUUGAUGCAAGGAGUGAUGAAGGUGUGUUCCUAGGUUACUCCCUAAAUAGUAGGGCUUAUCGAGUUUACAACAAGAGAACUCGUGUGGUGAUGGAAUCUAUCAAUGUAUCUAUUGAUGAUCAGCUUGUCAAGCAAGAAGAGUCAUAUGCAGAUACUUCUUCAACCUCAAACACACUGGCAGAAUCUAAGUUAAACAAUGAUGAGGAAGAGGAAAUAACUGAUAACAUUUUUGAACCUGCUCCGACAAUGAGACAAGGUUUCAAACAAGUUCGAAAGGAUCAUUCUAGUCAAGACAUCAUUGGGAGAGUUUCAGAUGGCCUAAGGACCAGAAGUCAAGCUACCACACAGUUUGGUUUUGUGUCAUUGGUUGAACUAAAAAAUGCUAGGGAAGCCUUAUUGGAUGAUCAAUGGAUUAGUGCUAUGCAGGAAGAAUUGAAUCAGUUUGCUAGGAAUGAUGUGUGGUACUUAGUACCAAGACCUAGUAAUUGCAAUGUCAUAGGGACUAAAUGGAUUUUCAGAAAUAAAAGUGAUGAAAAAGGGAAUGUCAUUAGAAACAAAGCUAGGCUAGUUACACAGGGAUAUUCACAGGUCGAGGGACUUGAUUUUGAUGAAACUUUUGCUCCUGUUGCACGACUAGAGUCUGUGAGAUUACUUUUGUCUAUGGCUUGUCAUCUUAGGUUCAAACUGUUCUAA